CCGCAGGCAAAGUUCUUUGAAUUGCUCUUCCUUUUUGACCCUUUCCCUUCCUUCAGCCUUUCAUCACUUUACCGAACCCAGUCGUUCAGGUCUUGAUUGGCGCCGACACUCUCUCAGACCUCUGAAUCGCAUCCCACUCGACCAAAACAUCACAUCAAAGCGCCCUCCACAAAAAGCCGCUCAAAAUGUCUUUCCAAAAGCCCGAGAAGGAUUUCGGCGAAGGCCCAAAAAUCCACAAGAUCCGCAUCACCCUGACCUCGCGCAAGGUGCAGUCGCUGGAAAAGGUGUGCACGGAGCUGCUCGACCGCGCAAAGACCAAGAACCUCCGCGUCAAGGGCCCCGUGCGCCUGCCGACCAAGACCCUCAAGGUCACCACGCGCAAGACCCCCUGCGGCGAGGGCUCCAAGACGUGGGACAUGUACGAGAUGAGGAUCCACAAGAGGCUGAUCGACCUCAACGCCCCGACCGAGGUGGUCAAGCAGAUCAUCAUCAACAUCGAGGCCGGGGUCGAGGUCGAGGUCACCAUUGCGGCAUAGAAGCUCGAAGCUUGGAAAAGGCGUAAUCUCGGAUCCAUUCGAUUUUGUUUUAUCUCCCACGACGGACUGGCGGAGAAUAUGGUCGGAAUGGGAGAUUAGCGAAAAAGGGUGGCGGAUGGUUGUGCUCGAGCCAGGUACCGGGAGAUGCAUUGGUUCUGCUCCGGCCGCUACAACUCCUGGAGUAGAGAGCUUUUUUUCACGAGGCAAGAUUAACGUCAAGGAAUCAAUGAACAAGAUAUUCCGAAGAAGAGAAUUCGCAUGGGUUGUGUCUUUGGCCCGGAUCUCGUAGAGAUACAUGUGCCAGCCCGAGGGUGCAAUUUUCCGCAGUUCCCACCGCCUUGCCUGUUUUCCGCAUCCAUACCGACUUGUUGUCUGUCUGUCUGUCUUUGUAAUACAAUGCAAUUCCGAAGGUCCAGAAAUC